AUGCUCAAUCAGGUCUCCGCAUCAACCCGUAGAAACAUUCGAUCACCACGGCGGGUGUGGUCUGCGACUGGGAUCAAUGUCUACAAGAAAGUUUCUGAUAAAAACGACGAGGAUUUGAAGUCACACAUUGCCAAAGUUUCCCUCGAUUUUUACGGCCAGCCCUCAAAAUUGUUGCAGGUGAACGCGGUUUUUAAUCUAGUUCAAGGUCGCAACACAUUUCUUCUUGCCGGGACGGGUUUUGGUAAAUCAAGAAUUGCGGAAAUCUACUACAGACUAAUUCCUCAGGUCAAAAAGGCUGUUGUUCUUGUGCUGAAUCCGUUAGACUCCCUUGGCGAUAAUCAAGUUUAUGAGAAAGAACAAGCGGGGUUUACAGCGAUCAAUUUGACCAAGUCGAACUUCAAUGAAGAGACCGCCAUCAACAUUGAAAACGGAGUAUACAAUUUUGUGUAUAUGAGUCCGGAAACCUUUCUCAACAACAAGAUAUGGGAUGCGGUAUACUUCAGCAGCAAGUUCCAAAAUCGGCUGGCUUUAAUCGUUAUUGAUGAGGCCCAUAUGGUCUACAUCUGGGGACUUGUGGCCAGUGGGCAGGGUAAAAAGGCCGCUGCAAUACUUCUCCGGUACCAGGACAUCGGCAUUUUUCGGCCGUCUUACGGUAAUCUUGGUGCCCAUCUCCUCUUCCGGAACAAUAAACCUAUUCUUUUGCUGUCUGCAACAUGUCGGCCGGUCGCAAUUGAGGCAAUCAAGAGAAGUCUCAAGCUUGAGGCCGCUGCGAUUGACGUUUUACAGGGGGAGUUGACCCGACCAGAAAUUCGGAUCAUCCGCAUCCCCAUGGAAAAAUCUCUAGCCUCAUCCCUCGAUCUGAUCAAGGUGUUCCCUUCAGUCAGGGAUGUACCCAACUCAAAAUUGGUUCCAUCGUUGGUAUACAGUGGAUCUCGAAAUCGCACUUUAACAGUCAUGGACGUCAUCGAUCGAGCUCGCGAGACCCCGGGUUCUUCGUUAGAUCCACACAACACAUGUAUCCGACGCUAUCACUCGUGCACUGGUGAUCUAGACAAAGUGCGCUGUGUGGAUCAAUUUUCCAAAGAAGAAUUUCCGAUCAUUUCGGCCACGAUGGCACUCGGGUUGGGACAGAACUGGAAGCGGGUCAGAAUGGUUGCACACAUGGGCCGAGCGGAUCCAGCUCAAAUUGCGCAGAUGAUUGGUCGAUGUGGGCGCGAUGGUCGGGAUGGUUUGGCUUUGCUAUUUAUGGAAAAAAAUAGGAGAUCUGGGAAGAAUUCGGUGGACCAGUUCAAAAUGGGGUCGGCCCAGACGGAUGAGGACCGAGUCGAUGCGCUGGCCAUCACUCCUGUAUGCCUGCGAGUGGCAUUCUCCUUGGAUAACCUUCGCGGAUAUGUUCCACUCCGAUUUGAUGAUCCUGAAUACAUCAAGGAGGUGGCACGGGAAGCUAAGGAGGGGUUCCGAAAGUGCCAAUGUUCUAAUUGCGAAGUGGCUUCGUCAGACACUCUCGUCAAGAACCUACCACUGGCUGAUGAAGACAACUUUGACGACAUCCUGGCCAACAAUUUCAUUCCUCAUAGCCUCCCGGACCUUACGUCAAAGUAUCCCAAGAAGAAACCUGUGGCUCGGAAGCGGAAAUAUUCGGCAGAAGAGAUGACAAAUCUGAAUACUCUCAAGACCGUUCUGAUCGAUGAGAUGCGCGAAUUGUACGAGUCGGUAGUCCAACCUGGUGGGGCCUUUGCCGCCAGCGACCUGUUUGGACUCGAGGAGGCUGACUCCUUGGCUCUGAACUAUCUCUCGAUAAUCACCCCGGAGGACGUUUGCUCAUACAUUGGUGGGCAGUGCUUUGCCGGCCAGCUACAAAGGCUGGCUGACCUCAUCUCUAAGUUCAAGCUCUCAAACGGUCAAAUGGCCCAUGGGCCUCGCCCCAAGGCCGCCAAAUUGACUCAAUUAGACGCGCAAUUGGAUACCAAUCCGGCCGAGACUGCUUUACAAGGCUCGGCGGCCCUGGUCGACACUCAAGAUGGAGGAAAUGAAGGACAACUUAGCGAAACGGUCUUCGGCCGCACAAUGACAAAGAAGGAAAUGGCUGCAGCAAAGAGGGAUCAGAAACAAGCAGAGCGAAUAGAAAAAGCUCGGUUGAAGGAGAUUGAGCUUGAGCGCAACCGGCAGAGGAAACAACAAGUAGCUGGGAUAAUGGCGGAUUCAUGGGCGGAACAUAUGCAGGGGCCGUCGAGAUCAAAUAUAGACCCCGACCUGCAUAAGUUAUAG